AUGUCAUCCCAGAGGAGCCUCAAUCUACCCAUCCUGAACUCACAUCUCGCUGAUUUCUAUCCUUCUGGUGUGAAGCAAGCCGAACGGACGGUAGCGGCCUAUCUUGGGUUUGACAGUAUCCUCGACCUCCAGCGGUUCGUUAUCAUGUGGCCAUGCCUUGAAGCCAUACGUCUUGUAUCUGCCCUGCCCGGCCUGAGCAGCGAGAAUUUAAUGUUUCUAAGGAGGCUUGACGGUAGCCAAACACUACGAUGCAACCACCCCGUUGGUCCCGCCAGUGAACGCAUCCAACAAUGCUGGAUGGCAUGCAUAUUGAUGAUCCUACGGCAGAGUAUCGGGGUUUACCAAGCCAACACCUCCGAGCAGAAUAGAUCUCGAACUAUCUUGGCAAUCGACAACAUGCCACCCGGCUUUUGGAUUCCAGGUCAUAUCCUGGAGGAGGAUGAAUCCCCACCGUAUCCAAUCCUUCAGCCCACUGUAAGGUUUGACGAGCCUGAAAUAGUCCCCCUCCAUCGCUGUCUUUGCCUUCUUCAAUACCUCGAGUUGUCUCACGGCUCUGAGUUUAGACGGGAGAGAUAUCUAGAUGCCCGUGCACACUAUUUUGGCUCGGAUUUUGAAGUCACUGAGCACGACAUCCCGUGGUGGAUGCGCCACUCUACGUGA